AUGAAAGAAAAUAUGGAUUUAUAUAAAAUAUUAGAGGUAAAUAGGGACUGUACUCAAGAUGAAAUAAAAAAAUCAUAUAGAAAACUUGCAUUAAAAUAUCAUCCUGAUAAAAACAAAGACCCGGGAGCAGAAGAAAAGUUUAAACAAAUUAAUUUAGCAUAUCAGGUUUUAGGAGACCCUGAAAAAAGAAAGAGAUAUGAUCAAGGAGGCGGUAUAAAUAUUAAUAAUGAAGAAAGAUCUGAAUUCCAAAUGAAACAAGCCCAAGUAAUUGGUGAAUUAUUAAAAGCCAUCAGUAAAUUAGAUUCAACUAAAAAGAAACAGUAUACAGCAUUAACAAUAUUUUUAUCUUUUAUUUUUGGUUUUUAUUAUCUAAUCACUGGUCAAGGAUUUAUUAAUGGGUUAAAGAGAGGUUUUAGAUCAGGAGCAAACUAUGCAAUACAAGAAAUUUGGAAAGGUAUACCCCCCAAUCAUAGAGCAGAGGCAUCCGAAUUCUUAAAAGAAAUGGGUUUUAAAUUUAAAGACCAAUAA